AUGAACAGGCAAAGUUACUGUCUUUAUUUACCUAGCCAAUAUUAUGGUACGAUUAACAGUGCAUUAAAUUGGCGUGAAAAUGAGUUUAGCAUAUAUUUACAACCAGGUCGAAAUGUUGGUGAUAAAGUUUCAAUUGUUCGAUUAGAUACACCACCAGAAGUUAUCAUCAUUAAUGAAUUAACGACGGGUGUAAGUGGUAGUGGAAAUAAUGCGCUUCUUUACUUGCCACCGUAUGGACAUAUUGGCUAUCUUCGUGGCACGAUUGCUCUUGAUAUUAUUCCGCAAAAUGGAAACUUUUCGAUUCGUUGUUCCGUACCAGAUUCGACACUAUACGUGGUGAAUGAAUUAAAACAAGCAAUGGAACAACGCAAUAUCAGUGUUCUUGACCAGUAUAAAACAGAGGUAAUAAAGACAGAUCGCAAAACAAUUUACACACAUCAGUCACCCACAUUAGAUAAAAUUGUUUAUUGGUUUCAACAAGACAGCAUCAAUUUUUACGGUGAACUGUUAAUAAAAAAAAUAGCACAAUAUACUCGUAUAUGCGCAGUCGACGAUGCUUUCUUAUAUGUUCUUCCUUAUUAUUGUUUUACUCUUCAUGAUAUCGAAAAAACAGCUGUGGCAACCAGAGAUGGUUCUGGAUUAUCGCCGACAAAUCGAAUAACAACAUUAUCAAUAGCUAAAGUUCUGAUUGGCGUACAAAAAGAAAAAUGGUUCGAUACAUUUUAUAACUCAAUGCCAAUUAGAAAUGAUUUACGUGUAAAAGGUGGAAGUUUAAGAAAUACUCUAUCCUACGCAGGUUAUGCGAAACCACAGGCGCGCAAUAAUAAUCAUACAUUAGUAUUCUCAUUUAUUGUUAAUAAUUACAACGGGCAAUCAACAACGAUGAGAAAUAAAAUAUGGGCAUUAUUAGAUGAGUUAAAAACUUGUAGCGCUUCUUCUCGAAUUGCUCAUGGGUCCACUAUAAUAGUUUUAGGCAUAUAUAUGUCUCUUACUUUUUCUACCGAAAACACAUUACAUUAG